UCCCUCCUUUCUCUAAUUCACAGAGAAAGAGACUCUCCACCGUCCUUCCUUUUCUUUCUCUCGUUCUGUCCGUUAACGAAGAAGCAUAACACGGAUCCUGACUCGUUAGACAAGCCCGAGUCAGCAACUCAUGGCGCGGGUACCCACUCACGUUAUCGGCACCCUCUCCCUAAUCCUACACCUCAUCGCCGUCGCCGGCGACACCGUGCUCCUCCAUAACCCCCACCAUGCCUCUCGCCCUGCCAUGGUUCUUCCCUUAUACCUCUCAGCACCCAAUUCCUCCACGUCAGCACUCGAUCCCCGUCGCCAACUCCACGGAUCGGAGUCCAAACGCCACCCUAACGCUCGUAUGAGUCUUCACGACGAUCUCCUCCUGAACGGGUACUACACGACGCGGCUUUGGAUCGGUACACCUCCGCAGAUGUUUGCUCUUAUUGUUGAUACGGGGAGUACCGUUACGUAUGUUCCGUGCUCCACGUGCGAACAGUGUGGCAGGCACCAGGACCCAAAGUUUCAGCCAGAAUCUUCAAGCACCUAUCAACCUGUCAAAUGCACAUUGGAUUGCAACUGUGACAAUGACAGGAUGCAGUGUGUGUAUGAGAGACAGUAUGCUGAAAUGAGUACUAGCAGUGGCGUCCUUGGUGAGGAUGUCAUAUCCUUUGGAAAUCAGAGUGAGCUUGCCCCACAGCGUGCUGUUUUUGGCUGUGAAAAUGUUGAGACUGGUGAUCUUUAUAGUCAGCAUGCUGAUGGCAUAAUGGGUUUGGGCCGUGGAGAUCUUAGUAUCAUGGAUCAACUUGUUGACAAAAAUGUAAUUAGUGAUUCAUUUUCACUAUGCUAUGGUGGAAUGGAUGUUGGUGGGGGUGCAAUGGUUCUUGGUGGCAUAUCUCCUCCAUCAGACAUGAUCUUUGCAUAUUCAGAUCCCGUGCGCAGUCCAUAUUACAAUAUCGAUUUGAAGGAGAUACAUGUUGCGGGGAAGCGACUGCCUCUAAACCCAAAUGUUUUUGAUGGGAAACAUGGUACUGUCUUGGAUAGUGGUACAACCUAUGCUUACCUACCAGAAGCAGUAUUUCUUGCUUUUAAAGAUGCUAUAUUGAAGGAACUUCAAUCUUUCAAGCAAAUCAGUGGUCCAGAUCCAAAUUAUAAUGAUAUCUGCUUUUCUGGUGCUGGAAGUGAUGUCUCACAACUCUCUAAAAGCUUUCCAGUGGUUGACAUGGUAUUUGGAAAUGGUCACAAGUACUCACUGUCACCUGAAAAUUACAUGUUCCGGCAUUCAAAAGUGCGAGGUGCUUAUUGUUUGGGGAUUUUCCAAAAUGGAAAGGAUCCAACUACUCUCUUAGGAGGUAUCAUUGUCCGAAACACUCUUGUAAUGUAUGAUCGGGAGCAAACAAAAAUUGGUUUCUGGAAAACAAACUGUGCUGAGUUAUGGGAAAGAUUACAGAUAUCUGCUGCCCCACCUUCAUUGGCUCCAAAUUCAGGAGUAAGAAAUUCAACUGAAGGAUUAGAGCCUUCAGUUGCUCCAUCAAUGUCUCAACAUAAUGUAACUCAAGGUGAACCCCAAAUUGCACAAAUAACGGUUGUAAUUUCAUUUAACAUCACCUACAUGGAUAUGAAGCGCCACAUUACAGAGUUGACUGGACUCAUGGCUCAUGGUUUAGAUGUUAAUACUUCCCAGGUUCACUUACUAAAUUUUACAUCUCUUGGAAAUGAUUCUCUCUCUAAAUGGGCUAUAACCCCAAAAGCAUAUGCUGAUUACAUUUCUAACACUACUGCAAUGAGUAUAAUCUCCCGGAUUGCUGAACAUCGCAUGCAACUUCCUGGCACCUUCGGAAGUUAUAAAUUGAUUGAUUGGAAUGUUGAGCCUCCAUUGGAAAGGAAUUGGUGGGAGCAAUAUUACAUGGUUGUGAGUUUAGCUGUUUUGCUCACAUUGCUUCUAGGAUUGUCAAUAUUAGGAAUGGUCUUAAUUUGGAAAAAAAAACGGCAAAGUGUGCAUUCAUACAAACCAGUGGAUGUGGCUGUUCCCGAGCAAGAACUUCAGCCAUUAAAUCAGGCUGUCAACGAUAUCCAGUGAUCAUUGAAUCCUGAUAGUGGUACAUAGAGAAUUCUCUAGAUAUUCUAUCAUCUGUAAACUCAAUUUUGUUUGUGAAUAUUGUAAUAUACAGGUGAAUCAAAGGGUGCCAGCAUAAGGUUGAAAUACAAUUUCAUAUACUGUAAUUGUAAUUUUUUUUACCUUUCAUUCCAGUUGUUGCUUUUUACCGAGUUUUGUUCUUAUUUUCCUUUUACAAUCUUCUAAAUAGGGAAUGAUGUCUUAGAAAUUAAUCUACUUGUGUUUUCAUCAUAAGUUAAAGCUGGGCAUAUCGGUACCUAUCCAUCUGAUAAAAUAUUAAACACGGAUAAUUGUAAGAACAGAAGAUGCAAUUUCGAGAUAAACGGCAUUUUAUAAUCUUCUACGAUGCUGUAAAUACCAGUUUGUUGACUGUCU